AUGCCCGGUCCGGCCAGCGCUGGCCCCGUCCUUUCCAAGGACUGGGCCAUUGUAGACCUGCCAAUAGACCCGGGCGUGGUUCUUCUGGACGUUGAUUUCACAUCCUCUGACCCCAACCAUGGCUUCCUGCUGGGCACAAGGCAAACCCUACUCGAAACCAAGGAUGGCGGUCGUAACUGGGAACCACGCAGCGUCGCGGCCGCACAGGAAGAGGGCUUCAACUACCGUUUCAAUUCCAUCUCCUUCCAGGGCAAGUGGGCAAGGGGAAUGCGGGGAGGUGAUGAGGGUUGGAUCGUUGGCAAGCCGGCCAUCCUGCUGCACAGCACCGACGGCGGCACCAACUGGGAGCGGGUGCCGCUGUCGGCCAAGCUGCCGGGAACCCCCGUUCUCAUAACCGCGCUAGAGGGCAAGGGGGCGGCUGAGCUGACCACCGACCAGGGUGCCAUCUACGUGACGGACAAUGGCGGCCAGAACUGGACCGCGGCAGUCAAGGAGACGGUGGAUGCCACCCUGAACAGGGUCAUCUCCUCUGGCAUCUCCGGGGCAUCCUACUACGAGGGCUCCUUCUCCAACAUCAGCCGCUCAAACCGAGGGUCCUAUGUGGCCGUCUCCUCGCGCGGCAACUUUUUUAUGACCUGGAGGCCAGGCCAGGCAUACUGGACACCCCACAACCGGCCCGCCACCCGCCGCCUCCAGAACAUGGGGUUCACCCCUUCUGAGCGCCUCUGGCUGACCACUAAGGGAGGAGACCUGUACUACACAGAUCUGGAUACCCAGUCCAAGUUUGAGCAGGCCAAGCUGGGGUCCCGCGGUUUUGGCAUCCUGGAUGUGAACUUUGCCAAUCAGAAGGUUGGGUUUGCCUGUGGAGGGUCUGGCAGCCUCUUCAAGACAGAGGAUGGUGGAGAUUCUUGGAAGCGCGAGAGGUCCACCGACGACGUGGCGGCUAACCUGUAUCAGAUCAAGUUCACGCAUGGCAACAAUGGCUUCAUUCUUGGGAACAAUGGAGUCUUGCUGAGGUACAUCGGUGUGGCCUGA